CGUGCGUGAACGUAAAAGUUGAGUUGACUGCAACAUGGAUGACUUGCUUACAUUACACUAAAGUCUUUAAUGAGAGAACGUGCCUAAUUAACAUAAAUAGACAACCAAUAUGGCACAACAAAGCAGAUCCACACAGCAAGUUACUGAGAAAGAGAAUGUUAUGCAGGUAUUAAACGAAACUUCCUUAUCAAGUUUUCCCAUGGAAGUUCUUGAACAUAUUUUUAGCUUCCUGCACAGAGAUGAUCUUCUACAGGCCAUGUCUGUGUGCACAAGCUGGAAGUCUUUAAUCUCUAGCAGUCCAAAUCUGUGGCGUAGCCAAACGUUCAUUUUGGAUUGCUCUCUCCACGUCAAGAAAAAGAAAAAAGUUGACAUGUUGUUUUGUACACAAAAUUUUGGACCCCAUUUUCAAACAUUGUCAGUUAGGUGCAGACACCCUAACAUGCUCAAAAAAGGCUAUUGCACAAAAAUGGCCGACCAGUUCCAUCUUUUUCUCACUGGUUUAAGGUCGCCACAAUUGAUCUCUUUCAAAGUCUACGACCUUCAUUUUUUUUUCCGCGGUAACAUAGUCACCAAACAAAUAAGCAGUAAAUUAAUUCAAAUGUUCUCUAGGGAGUGUCAUCUGAAAGUCUUUAAGAUGCCUACCUCCCGGUGGCCAAAAACUGAGGGUCGAGCGAUCUUGGACACUGUGUUUCAAAACUCCAGAAACACUCUAGAAACACUGAAUAUUGCUGAAUAUUUUUACAGUUAUGGUUGGUUACCUGCUGUCAGGGAUUGGUUCUCAACAGGUCUGACGUCAUUGACAAAGUUAACCAAACUCUCUAUCACUAUAUUCUAUCUCACUGAUGAACUCAUUGUCUGCCUUGCACGAGUUCGAAGAGGUCAGCUGGCAAAGCUCUCUUUGUCUGCGCACUCUACAUUUAGGAUCUUUCAUAUUGAACAAGAUAGCUGGAAAUGUCUGUUGGAAGCAUGCCCCAAUAUAAAAGUCUCAUUCAAGAUAUGUGUUUACGGUGCCAAACCUCACGAGUCUCUCCCAGCCUUAUUUGAUUCAAUACUCCCUGUUACCAAACUGAAUAUUAUAAUACCUCAUGACUCUUAUUCUCUUGCUUCGCCUGUAUCUGAGAUGGGAAUCGUGUUGGAACACGUCAGAACUCAUUAUGGGCCAUGGCUCAAGUUCCUUAUACUGGUCAUGAACAACAAGAAGGAGGAAAGCUUUGAUCAGUCUUUGAUCAAACUAGUUAGAGAUAGUCCACAUCUGGCCCUUGUGAAGGCUUUAGUUUCCUAUUACUCGGAGGAUACAGUCAAGACAAUCAAGAGGAUGGUCGCAAAGAGACGUCAGCCACCUCUCACUAACAUGGAUCCACAGAACAAAAAAGUCUGCACCGACAGUCUUGUUGUGGAGAAAGCCUCUGAACUUGAAGACCCCAUUGGCCGGCCGCAUGUCCUUCAAGGAGCGUAUCAACAAUAGACUGACGAUUUCAUUUAUACAUUUCUGUAAAUGACUAGACAAGGACGACAACUUGUAGCAAACGUUAUAAAAGGUCAAAGGACGUGAGAUUAAAAUUUGAUAAGUUGGAUCAGGACCGGAUUUAAUCCUGACAAGGUCCUCAGUUAAGAGAUAACUGCAGUAUAUUAUCUUUUUCUUAAAUAUCUAGUGACUGAUUUUCAUCCGACAAACGAUGCUAUGAAUGGGCUUGUAUCUUUUAAUGUUUCUAUAGAAGUUCCAGCACUCCAGAAAAAAUGAAUUGCACUCCAAAUAAUAGAUAACUGAUGGCAACGUAUCUUAUAAUAUACCUACCUUUACCUUACCUAUCCCUUCGUCUGUUGGACCGUUGGGGCACCAGGCAAGACUUGUCGACCGUCUUUCUCCAUUCCUCCCUUUUUUUUUUAUAAUAUACUUUCUCUUUUUAUACUGAUGAUUAUAUUGGCUAUUUUUAUGUCGUAAAUCUUUUGGACGAGAUCAAUUUAUACAAAUUAUUUUUUUUAAAAGAUGUAAUUAUUUUAAAAUAUUUAGAGACAUUCAUUAAUACGUAUUGCUUUCCUAACAGUAUAUAAUUUAGAUUGACGCUACCUAUUUAUAUUCCAUAAUUCAUGUUAUUAAACAGUUUCGUCUUGUUCUACAAUGCAGAAUAAACUAUAUUCACACAUUUGAUAAAGUUCGAUGGAUACUAUGCUAAAAUGCGAAUUGAUUUCUUGUUACCUGAAUCCAUCAAUAAUUCAAUAAAUUGUAGAACAAAAUGUUUCUUAAGAACUGCGAUAUAUUAGGUCAUUGUUUAAUGUUGCUGUUUUGUGAAAAUACAUAAAAUGAUACGUUGUAAUUAUAAUA